AUGGCUAUCUCAAAGAACUUACCAUUAUUGAACAACCACUUCAGAAAGCACUGGCAAGAAAGAGUCAAAGUUCACUUUGACCAAGCCGGUAAGAAAGCUUCAAGAAGACAAGCUAGAUUGAGAAAAGCUGCCAAGGUUGCCCCAAAGCCUAUUGACACCUUGAAGCCAGUUGUCAGAGCCCCAACUAUCAAAUACAACAGAAAAGUUAGAGCAGGUAGAGGAUUCACAUUGGCUGAGAUUAAAGCUGUUGGCUUAACCCCAAAGUACGCCAGAACCAUUGGUAUCUCCGUUGACCACAGAAGACAAAACAAGAGCCAAGAGACUUUUGACGCUAAUGUCUUGAGAUUGAAGGAAUACAAGUCUAAGUUGGUGAUCUUCAACAAGAAGACCAAGGCUUCUGAAAUUGCUGAGUACUCUCAAGUUUCAGCUUCUGCUACCUUCCCAGUUGAGCAACCAGCUGCUGAAAAGGGUACUAGAGCUGUUGAAGUUCCAGAGCAAUCUGCUUACAGAACCAUCAGAUUGGCCAGAAACGACAAGAAGUACAAGGGUGUCAGAGAAAAGAGAGCCAGAGAAAAGGCUGAAGCUGAAGCUGAAAAGGCUAAGAAAUAA